AUGCUUCGUCGCUUCUCGGCCCCGGCCCAGCGCAGUGCUGCGCAGCUGAGCUGCACGGCCGUGUGCACCCUCUACGCCCGACUGCCUAGCUGCGGCACACGGUGGCAGUCCACCUCCAACACGGCGACGCCGAGCACCGGCAAGCGCCGAGGACGUCCUCCGGGAAGUAAGUCACGCAAGAACAUGAUGGCAGUAGCAGCAGCGGCCGCAGCCGAAGCUGUACCCUCCGCCUCCGUCUCCACAGCCAACGCGGCUCAGCAGGCGCAGGCGGACGCGGCUGUCGAGGCGGCCGUAGCAGCGGUGGCGCAGCAGGUCUUCAUUCGCAGCCCGCAACAGCCGAUCGCACCGGCAGUCAAGACCUCAUCUUCAGCCGUGGAGCCGCCAGUGGCCGAGGCGGCGUCGACCACGCCGGAUAUGGGUGAAAGCACCGUAAACACUCUGGAGGAUAGUGCGCCUACGACGGCAACGCGCAAGACGACAACGACGAGGACGGAGGCGGCCCUCGCACCGUCUUCGGCCCCUGCAGAUGCCGCUGCCUCCUCUUCCGCCUUCACCACAGCCACUGCCCCUGCCGAUGUCGAAGCCACUCCCCAGGCGGUGGUCGACCCCCUCAACGACAGCCUCGAUCAGGAGUCCUUCUUCUCCUCUCUCCUCAGCUCGGAUGCAAAGUCGUUCGGCAGCGCCGCACACCUGCCCGCCGAGCUGCGCGAGUCGACGCUGAUCUACAACGCGUUGACGGGCCGCAUGACGAGUGAGAACUCCCCGACGAUGACGUCGCUCCGCCAGAUUGGCUUCGGCGUCAAUAGCGAGCGGCAAGUGUACGUGGAGCAGCCGGAUGUGCUGAACGCGCUGGCGGCCCGCGUGCGUGCCGGCACAGCCCCGUUGCCGUCCAAGUGGCCUGUAACUCUCACCCGCUCGGUCGGCGUGGUGAUUGAGAACACAAACAUCAGCGACCCCGCGCAGGCCCUUCAGCAGAUGAUUCAGGUGAAGACGACGAGCAUGAUGCGCAGUCGCUACGCGUCGAUUGUCUCCGCCGUCGGCAGCAACGUGGACGCCGACAACGCGGAGGCGGCGACGCGGCAGAGUUUGAUGGAGAACGGCAACGACCCCGACAAGGCGAUCGAGCUCAACGAGGAGCAGAAGCGGGUGAUCGACAUCGCCCUGCACGGGCACCACAUGUACAUCGGCGGCAGUGCGGGCACCGGCAAAACGGUGCUGCUGCGUGCCCUUGCCCGCCGUCUGCAGGGCCACCGCCUGCGUGUGGCCAUGACGGCGACAACGGGGGUGGCGGGCUGCCACAUCGGCGGGUCCACCUUCCACCACGCCCUCGGUGUCUCCUCGCGUGGUGAGUUUCUGCGUCGUGGCGUGAUGCUCGACUACGACGUGAUUAUCAUCGAUGAGGUGUCGAUGCUGCCGCAGAGCCUGUUUGAGGAGUUUGACCGCGUGCUGCGCGAGGAGGCCGGCGCGCCAGACCUUCCGUUUGGUGGGGUUCAGAUCAUCCUCUGCGGUGACUUCCUUCAGCUAGGCUGUAUCAACGAGAGCUCCCUCAUUGGCUCUGCGAUGUUUCAAAAGAACUUUGUGAAGGUGCGCCUGGAGACGCAGGUGCGCCAGACAGCCAACUCGAAGUUCGCGAACGACCUGCAGCUGAUGCGGCUGGGCAUCGUGCCGAGCGAUUUGAAGACGACGGUGCAGCAGCUACCCCCGGGUACCAUGGUGGACUCCGCCGUGAACCUGCUGCCGACAAACAAGGAGGUGCACGCGGCGAAUGAGAAGGAGCUGCAGCGGCUGCCAGGCGAUGCCCUCACCCUCACCCCGGAGACGGGUAUCACCUCCCUGCAGUGCGACACGACCGCCACGCUGCUCCUGCGCACCACGCCGGACUUCAACGAGGCGGAGUUCUCUCGCCACGUCCGCUCGCUCCUGCAGGCCACCCUCGACCUCCCCCGCGCCUCCCUCCUCUCCCUCUACCGUGUAUAUGAGGACGGCCACGCGAUGCGGGUGAUGCUGCCGCCGGGAGAGUCGCAGGCAUGGCGCGAGGCGAUGCGAGAGCGCUUUCUCGAGAUGGCCGGCCUCCUGAACGACCUCAAUUUAGGGGCGACGGUGACGGAGAUCGUGCCGAAGGGGGAUGGGCUCCACACGCCUGAGACGGAGGAGUACCUCCACAAGGUCAUGUCGAAGCACCCCAUUGCACAGCCGCUGGCCCUCAAGAAGGGCUGCCGCGUACUGCUGCGGGCGAACCUGUCCAGCAACCUCGUCAACGGUAGCAUCGGCACGGUGGUGGACUUCAUCGAGUGCAAGACGGAGUCCUUCCCCGAGUACAUCAAGACGGAAAUGGUCGAGCGCUGCAUCGAGCGCUACCGCGUCUUUUGCUUUACGGAGUGCGGGAUGCCGGUGCCGAUGGUGCCCGUCGUGCAGUUCCACAGCGGCGAGACGCUGGCAAUCCCGCCGUGGGAGUUCUCCGUCGGCGGGGGCCCCAACACGCACUUCUACAGCCUCUCCAGCGUCGCCCUCCCCCUCUCCCUCGCCUACGCCUUCACGGUGCACAAGGUGCAGGGCCUGACCUUGGUGGGCCGGGUGCACCUGGAGCUGUCCCGCAUGUGGCCCUGCGAGCACCUGCUGUACGUGGCCAUGAGCCGUGUGCGCAACCCGGACCAGCUGUCCAUGUCGAGCUUCUCGGCGAGCAUGGUUAUUGCGAACGACUCCUGUGUGCUGUUUGACAAAGCCUUGCGGGGGGCGCUCCAGUGGACGGUGGCCGACGUCGCGAAGUUUCCCGUGUCAGCGUGGAAGCGGUGCAACGACACGAUCUAUCACCUGCGCCGCCGCGGGUCGUCGCUGCGCCGCCUGCUGGAGGGCGUCACCUCGAUGAACGGCAACGCGUCGUCAUUCAUGCUGGGCGGGCACAGCAGCAACAACAGUCGAGGGCAUCAGCAGCAGCUGCUGCAGUCUGGCAUGCCGGGUCGCCGCGGACUCAGCAGCGAGAACGACACCGGGUCAGUACACGGAGGGAUGACAAGCACCGCCGAUGGUAGCCGUGUGGUAGUGCGGGUCGGCGAGCACGGUGCGACGGACGCACAGAACGAGACGAACGGUGUUUUCAGCCUCGAGCACAUCGGCGCCAUCCAGCAGUCGGUGCUCGUGGCACGGCGGAUGCGUAAGCUUGUGAAGCACGUGGAGCGAGUGGCGAAGAUCAACGACGCGCGCCGUCGCAGUAAGGCGGCUGAAAAGUCCAAGGCAGACGCAGCAGCAGCAGCGGCAGCGGCAGCCGUCGUCGCAACAGCAGCGAAAGACAGCAGCGCCGUUACACCGAAUGAAGUGGAGAGCAAGAACGCCGUAGAUGGGCUCACUGAGGCAGCGGAGGAGGAUGACGAGUCCUUCGACAUUGAGAGCGCCGCGAGCGUGUUGGCGGUCGCCAAUCGCGCUACCCUGUCGGAAGCCACUCUGGUAUUGGGGGAGGAGCACUCCUUUUAA